CAUGCCUCACUGCUGUGCUGAGAGCUCUCAGUAUUAGUCUGGAGCUUCCUGCACCCUGCAUCCUUCCUGCCUGGCAUGCCAGCCCUGGAUACAUUGUAACCCUCCACCCCCCCAUCCUUCCAUGGUAGCUCCCCUGGAUACAUUGUAAUAGUACCUCCAUGUGAUUGGAUUCACUGGAAGAGCUCACCAGGUGGGGGGGUCCACACCAGGACCACUUUCAAAGUGUUCAUUGCUGGCUGUGACUUUGCUGAUCUGCACCUCCUGAGCCCCUGCAGGGGGAGGGACCCUGUGACUUUGGAUUUAAGGGACAGGAAAAUAGCCCUGGGCUCCUGGAAACUUGCUGGGUUCCUGCAGUGUGGAUGGGAGCGAAGGACCUGAUGGAGUUUUAAUAGCCGAAUGCUGACGCACCGGAGCGAGUAUGGUAAAACACCAACCAUUGCAGUACUAUGAACCACAGUUAUGUUUGUCGUGUCUGACCGGAAUUUACGGCUGCCGGUGGAAACGGUACCAGCGAUCACAUGACGACACCUCCAAGUGGGAGCUUUUAUGGCUUGCGAUUCUCACCCUCACCUUCUUCCUGACCCUCAUCUGGUUCUAUUUCUGGUGGGAAGUGGAAAACGACUACAAUGAAUUUAACUGGUUUUUAUAUAACAGAACAGGAAAUUGGGAUCACUGGUCUAUUCCAAUCCUUAUUACUACUGCUGCUGGAUUCACAUACAUCACAGGGUUAUUGAUGCUAGCACUAUGUCACAUAGCUGUGGGACAGCAAUUGAAUUUACACUGGCUCCACAAGGCCUUUCUUGUGGUUAUUUUGGGGACCACCGUCCUAGCCAUGGCUUCCAUCGAGCAGAUGUGGACAGAAGAAUGGGAAGUGCUUAUAAUUUCCCUCCAGGCCACGGCUCCAUUCUUGCACAUAGGGGCUGUCGCAGUGGUCACUAUGUUGUCCUGGAUAGUUGCUGGUCAGUUUGCAAGAUCAGAGAAAGCCAUUUUUCAGAUUUGCAUUAUCCUGGCGUACCUGGCUGUGAUCAUUGCACUUUACCUGGUCCCACUGACCAUUUCCUCACCCUGUAUAAUGGACAAGAAGGACCUGGGGACCAAACCAAGAAUUAUUGGCCAUAGAGGUGCGCCCAUGCUAGCUCCAGAAAACACGUUAAUGUCUUUUAAACGAGCACUGGAAAAUGAUGUGUAUGGACUUCAGACUGAUGUCAUGAUAAGCUACGAUGGAAUCCCAUUCUUAAUGCACGAUAGCUCACUGAGGCGGACCACCAAUGUGGACAGUGUCUUCCCUUCCCUCUCCUCCGAGCCCUCCUCGAUGGCCAACUGGACCGAUCUGGAGAGGCUCAAUGCUGGGGAGUGGUUUUUAAAGGAUGAUCCGUUUUGGACAGUGAGUUCACUUUCUCCUUCCGAGAUUUUUGAAGCUGGAAACCAGUCGAUCUGUAAGCUGAUAGACCUCUUGCAACUAGCAAAGGAAAGCAAUGUAACGGUCCUCUUUAAAUCUCUCCCCCUUCCCCCCGCGCAUCCUCACUACAAAGACCGCAUCAAUAUCACCAUCAAUACCAUCCUGGCAUCCGGCAUUCCACAGGAGCUUGUGAUUUGGCUCUCCGACAGUGACCGACAGCUGGUCCAAAAACUGGCACCUGGUAUUCAGCAUGCGUCCAACGUUAAAGACUUCAAACAUCUGAGAGAAAGAGGGAUCACAAUGCUAAAUCUGCGAUACACUGAAAUAAUGGAUGACGACAUCAGGGAAUCUGCAUCUGACAAUAUUACACUCAAUGUAUACAUUGUAAAUAAAUCCUGGCUUUACUCAGUAUUGUGGUGCGCCGGAGUCCAGUCAGUCACAUCGGAUGCCGCAACUAUCCUUCACAAUGUGCCUUUUCCCAUCUGGGUUAUGCCUCCAGAUGAAUAUUCUCUUAUUUGGAUAACAUCCGAUCUCGUUUCAUUCACUGUAAUUAUAGGAGUUUUUAUAUUGCAGAACUAUCACUUGAUCAGGUGGCGAUUAGGCAGUAUUCGAACUUACAAUCCAGAACAAAUCAUGCUGAGUGCAGCUGUACGACGUGCAAGCAGGGACGUCAGGAUUAUGAAGGAAAAACUCAUAUUUUCAGAAAUAAAUAACAGUAUGGACAACGCGGAGGAGCUCUCGUUGUGCUCUGAAAACCGUUACGAUGGUUUUGCCAAUGACGCCAUAUCACCUGCAACAGAAGCUAAAGUCCACUCCAACUGAAAGCAGAGAAGCUACAUGAACAAACCGGAACCCCAUCCUUUUUUAUAGAAAAAUCUGGGGGUUCUCAAGAAAACCUGCAAAUUUCUAAGGACAGGAUAAUACAUUACUUGCUGGGCGAGAUUCACUGCACCGUGAGAUAUUCGAUCGGUGAAAACUUGAGUGGUCUUCUAGUGAGCCACAUUUUGACGAGCAGAUUCCGUAGAAGAGCACACAAGUUUAUCAUAGUGAAAACUCUGUCCACAAUUUCACUACUUUUAGUUAAUCUCGUACACUGAGGGCACAAGGUGGCGCACAAAGAAUUUUAGAUCUUUCUAUGCCCACAUGGAACUUAGCUGGCUAACACCAGAAUAUUGAAUAUUUCUGUUUAUAUUUAUAUAUUUUUUUUUUUGUUAAUUGUUGUAUAAUUUGGACUGUGAGAUUGUACAUAUGUAGAAAGUAAUUUGAUCCUUUCCCCCCCCCCUCUCCCCUAUUGUGAGUAUUUGUGGUAACACAAGCAAGUUCUUGUGUGAAUUUCGAUUGAUUCGAGAGAUUGUUUAAAACCUCAGCCUGAGUAUGUCAUUCCUGUUUUACGCUACAGUUACCUCUUAAAGCUUGUCUGUCACCCUAUAACAGAACAUUGCAUUGACAGAGCCGAAAACAGUCCACACACAUUCUUUCCACAAACAUCCUUCAUUUUAAAGGGUGAUAUAAAGCUAACCUCUGACCAAGGAGAUGCUUGUAAAAUAUUGGGCUAAACAAACAAUACAAUGCAGAUUUUUCAUUAUUUUUUUUAGACUGUUUAAAAUGUUAAAACGCAAUUCAACACAAAAUUGGAUUUCUAUUUUUUUUUUUUUUUUUUAAUUCUUCGAGGUGGCAAGUCUUCUUUAGUAGUAUCAGUUGCUAUAUGAUCACUAUAUCUGGUAAAAGAACAAUAUGAGGGACUCAUCUUAUCAAACUUUUUUACUUUACUUUUUAAAAAUAUAUUUUCUGUAAAGAAGACUACCUCCAUUGUGCACUGUAGUUACAAUAUAACCACUAAGUAUGACAUCUCUAAAAGCCUCAACUCUGACAUCACCUUUUGGGUUCUACAAUGCAUUGGUGUACAGGCUCAUGGCCAGGGCGGGCCCAUGGUCACUUGGCACUCUAUAACAUAUAACAUAGUACUUUUUGUUCUCCUAGAGUUGUUAGCGCAGUCUAAUCUCUUUGUGCUGACAUCAUGAUUUCGUAAACUUGGUUUUGUUAAAUGACAAUGUAAACUUUUCUGUAAACCAGUGCAGAGCCACGCGCUAUAACUGCUGCUGGUGAGCUUUAUAGGAUCGUGUGAAAUAAGAUCUACAUAAUAGUCUUAAUUUUGGGAUCAGAUCGCUAGCCUCUUUGAAAUGUCUGACUUUGCAAGUUUUGGUGGCCGUUGUUAACUGGGGAUUUUCAUGUUUACUGUAUGGUGUAAAAGAAACUUAGAUUUUUGGUUUUAUGCAUGAAAAUAAAUGCUGGGCUGGUUGUAGAACCACCUUUCAGGUUCUAAGCUUCACACAUUCAACAAGAACACAAUGAAAACCUGAAGCACGUCGUCCAUGGAUUGUAAGAAGUACAUUUGCACAGCAAAUAAAAUAUGGAUAGGUUUGGUCGUUGUCAAUAUUGCGUUUGACUGAUUUCACUUUUGAGUGAAGCGAGAGCAAUGAUAUGUUUGUGAACUUCAUUACCCAUAAUGCCCAUUUAGCUGUCAUGGGAAACACAGUUUUAAAAUGUCUGGGUUGCCAAGCCAUUGUUGUUUUUAAAAUAUUACAUGUCCAUUUAGCAAUCUGGGAAUGCCAUUAUCCUGAAACCUUCACCAGGAUAUCUGAAUGGAGAUCUCAUUUGCAUUCCCUGCUGGUUAGACAAUGUUGCUCAUCAGUAAAAUUGACAACACAUCAAAUGUAAGUUCUCUAGAUUCUUCCGUUGUAAAAAAACGACCUGCUGUCAAACCGUGUUUUAAAUACAGGUUCAAUGUCGAGCUAGUCUCGGACGACUGCCAUAGAGCACAAACCAUGUGUUCACUCAGUCUGGACACAGAUUUGAUCCAUGUAAAAAGCACACGUGUAAGACCCAUCUCCAUAUAGUUAAAACUAUAAGUAGCAAGUAACCGUAUUUUAAUACAUUGGUAUAACUCACCACUGGCCAAAAUGUAGAUUAAGAUUUACCCACCUUAAUGUUGCUAAAGCUUCGUGGGAGGUGUAUACAGAAAAACUAUGGAUCUCAAUUUUCCGCCGCCCCUGUAUUUAAAGUGUCGACCCCUGAUAUAGACCUAUUGCGUAUGAAAGUGCAAGCUAACUCAGAGGAUUCAGCUACCCUCCCAAUUUAAUUUUCUUUUUUGCGUUGGUUAUUAUUUGUAAGGGAACAUAACCAUUGAAUACGAAUAUUUAAAAUAGUCAUAAUAAGCUUAGACAAUCUGUGAUGAAUGGGGUCUGAGGAAGACCUGUUUGAGGCA